AUGUUUCAGCCAGGAAAGCAACCUGUUGGCGUUUCAACUCAAGAUCGAUUGAUGUCAACAUCUUUUCGAUAUGAAGUAAAUAAAGGUAAACCGAAUAAUAGUGGGAUGCGAAUGCAACAAACUGCUCAAUUUGAAGAAGUUUAUUUCAAGCAACAGAAAGAACUUGAACAAAAUAAAUAUGAACAAUUUAAAGCCAAAUGGGCAGAACAAUCGGCUUGGGCCAAUGUAGCAUUACAAGAAUCAUCAAUAAAUAAACAGCGCGGACAAGAAUUAUUAUUACUUCGCAAAGCUCAUCUGACAGUACGUCGUGCUGCGCUAGCAACAUUACUUCAGAAUGAACAACGCGGUUAUGAACAAGAAUUCCAAAGUAAAGGCAUGGCAGUUUACAAAGAUAUGUAUCAAAUUGAUCCUCAAUGUACACCUCUUGACUUAUAUCGAUAA